GAGGAGGAGGCGAACUCCCUGGCUGCCAGUGUCAAAAGCAAUGAUCAUGCCUUGCCGCCUGCCCAUCCCUACAAUACACGCCAUCUUGCUCGUCGUCGCCGUCGGAACCGCCCCCGCCGUGGGAGUGACAAGGACAACCGUAGAGACAACGCGUACUGCAGUUGUAACGCCAGUAGAAACGGCAGAAAUACCAAUUGAAAGACAGCAAGACGCGGAUGCGGCCGCACGCGAAGUGAUCUCUCCAUUGGGUGUGAGCGUGGGAUUGGUGGAUUCAGUGAUCCUAGUGCCCGACGAGAACGACAAGUGCCCGCAGGGCUACUUCCACUGCAACAGCUCCGCCGAGUGUGUGCCGCAGCGAGCCAACUGCGAUGGCAAAGUGGACUGCGACGACAAGUCCGAUGAACUCAAUUGCGACAACGAGGUGGACGCCAAGUACUGGGAUCAUCUGUUUCGGAAGAACAUCUUUGGUGCUGGCGACGACAAGAAGUUGGGUGAUUGUCUAUGGCAGAAUGAGAACUUCAGUUGUCCGUGUCGCGGCGACCAGAUUCUCUGCCGCUUCCAGCAGCUUACCGAACUGCCAGCUCGUUUGCCGCAAAAUGAUCUGGCAACACUUGAUCUCACCGGCAGCAGCUUUGAAAUCAUAAAUGAAACCUUCUUCGAGGGACUGCCAAACGUGAAAAGCUUAGUGCUGAAGUUUUGCGGAAUCCGUGAGAUUGCCUCGCAUGCCUUCGAUCGCCUGGCGGACAACCCACUGAGGACCCUUUAUAUGGACGAUAAUAAAUUGCCGCAUCUGCCGGAGCACUUCUUUCCCGAAGGCAAUCAAUUGAGGAUUCUAAUUUUGGCACGCAACCGCCUGCAGAGCUUGAAUCGCAGUGAUUUCCGCAAUCUACAGCAUCUGGAGGAGCUGGACCUGCGAGGCAAUCGCAUUGACAGCUUCGAAGCGGCAGUGUUUGCGGAACUAACCAGCUUGGAAUUCUUAUAUCUCAACGAGAAUCGGAUAACGCGUCUGAAUUCUGAAAUGUUUCCCAGGACCUUGCUUAGCCUGUACACAUUGUCCUUGGAUCGCAACCAAAUCGAUGAUAUUGCCGCCAACACUUUUCAUUUUCCACGCCUCAGACAUUUAUAUCUGGCUGGCAAUCGACUCUCUCAUAUACGCGACGAAACCUUUUGCAAUCUCAGCAAUCUUCAAGGAUUACACUUGAACGAGAACCGCAUCGAGGGAUUCGGACUGGAGGCCUUCGCCUGUUUGGGCAAUCUCACAUCGCUGCUGUUAACGGGCAAUCGCUUCCAGACGCUCGAUCCGCGGGUGCUCCAAAACCUGAGCAGCCUGGAUUACAUUUACUUCUCGUGGUUCCAUCUGUGCAGCGCCGCCCUUCAUGUGCGCGUCUGCGAUCCGCAUGGCGAUGGCAUAAGCAGCAAGCUGCAUCUUCUGGACAACCAGAUACUGAGAGGCAGCGUUUGGGUGAUGGCCUCCAUUGCCGUUGUGGGCAACCUUUUGGUGCUCCUCGGACGCUACUUCUACAAAUCCAGGAGCAAUGUGGAGCAUUCACUUUACCUGCGACACCUGGCCGCCAGCGAUUUUCUCAUGGGUAUUUACCUGACGCUGAUUGCCUGCGCGGACAUUAACUUUCGCGGCGAGUACAUCAAGUAUGAGGAGGCCUGGCGCCACAGCGGUGUCUGCGCCUUUGCCGGCUUCCUCAGCACCUUCAGUUGCCAGUCGUCGACGCUGCUGCUCACCCUGGUCACCUGGGACCGUCUGAUGUCUGUGACGCGACCCCUCAAGCCGCGGGACACGGAAAAGUUUCGCAUUGUCCUGCGCCUGCUGCUGCUCUGGGGCAUCAGUUUCGGCCUGGCAGCGGCCCCUCUGCUGACCAAUCCGUACUUUGGAAGCCACUUUUAUGGCAACAACGGUGUCUGCUUGUCCCUGCACAUCCAUGAUCCUUAUGCCAAGGGCUGGGAGUACUCGGCGUUGCUGUUCAUCUUCGUCAACACGUUGUCUUUGGUCUUUAUCCUGUUCUCCUAUGUGCGAAUGCUGCAGGCUAUUCGAGAUUCUGGCGGAGGAAUGCGGAGCACACACAGCGGACGGGAGAAUGUGGUGGCCACUAGAUUUGCGAUAAUUGUGACCACGGAUUGCGCCUGCUGGCUGCCCAUAAUUGUGGUCAAGGUGGCGGCCCUUUCGGGCUGCGAGAUCUCUCCCGAUCUGUAUGCCUGGCUGGCGGUCCUGGUUUUGCCCGUUAACUCGGCUUUGAAUCCCGUGCUGUAUACCUUGACUACGGCUGCUUUCAAGCAGCAGCUGCGUCGCUACUGCCACACGCUGCCCAGCUGCUCGCUGCUGAACAACGAGACCCGCUCCCAGACGCAGACCGCCUACGAGUCAGGAUUAAGCGUAAGUCUGGCCCAUCUAGGUGGCGGUGUAGGUGGUGGUUCUGGUAGAAAGCGACUCUCCCACCGUCAGAUGAGUUACCUGUAAGAGACUUACUUAAAGGCAGAGGGAUGAAUGGAUGGAAUGGCUGAAGGCGGAGUGCGUGGCUGGA